GCUUGUCGCGGAAGCCGAAGACAUCUAAACGCAUCCGAUCUAAUUAAAGCUGACCCGAGACUCUCACCCUCGCCUUCAAUCUCUGCAAGGCUGCCAUGGGAUUUGCACCCCUACAUUCCUUAUCACAAACAUUAUCAAGGACGGAUUAGGAUCAGAUCAUCCCGGCUGUAAAUCCCCUCGCUCGCUUGCAAUCAGCUCCAGUUUACUCCGUACAUGCCCAGAUGCUCCAUCGAAGACGUCAGCCAAACAGUCAGCAUCGCUUGACUCAUGCCAAAGUCCCCAAAAAUAUCCCCCAGGCGCAAAAUUACCAUCAAGCCACCCUCAUCUUGGCUCGUCAGCCUCUCCGUUGCAGCAAUAACAACAAUACCGUCUCUCCAAAGAUCCAACGCUUCAUGGCCUGUUUCAUAGCGACAUUUCACAAAGUGGCUGAGACUUGUCUAACAAAUACUGAUAAUUGGCUGAAACAACGGGUGAGGGAGACCUGGACUCUCCCUCCUAUUGUGACAUUGUCUGGUUUGCCACUUGUUCCAGCCUCAAAUCACCUGUCUCACUCGACUUCUGGUCUAUUGGGUUGUCCAGUCAAUAGCGAAGCGGGUGGCGCCGCCAAAGGUAGAGACCAUUGUUUGGUCUAGUCUUGCAGGCCGUCUAUAGCGUGUCCUGCUAAUCUGAGCACUUUGCACGGGUUGUUCGAGACUGAGGUGAUGAUUCAUUGCUUCUUUUCGCCUUGAUAUUGGAUGAGAUAUGAAUAUUGAUGCAAUUGCACAAAUCACAAGUGACAUAUCCUACUUCAUUUUCCGACACAAUUAUCUGAGGUCUCUCUCAUCAAUACACUUUGAACUGCUUCGUGAGCUACUGACCGUUUCGAUGCAAAGGAAUGCGGUUGUCUAGCCGCACCCGCCCUCGAAGGAGAUUUGUCUAAAGACAUGCUUAAACGGCUGACUAGAAGACGCUACUCGACUUCCAAGAAGUCCAUC